AUGCCCUCCUCGUGCAAAGACAUCCGCGCGGCCCUAGCAACCUGCCUGCAAAACUCCGACUGCGUCAUGAUCUACCGCAACACCCCCGCCGACUGCCUCCGCCCCCCGCUCGUCGACGGCCUCCCGACCCGCUGUCGGCAGCUCAAAAAGGGCUACGGCGAGUGCAAACGAGGCAUGAUCGACAUGCGGAAGCGGUUCAGAGGCAACCAGCCCAUCGCCGUCAGCAAGGAAAUCGAGGGCGAGAAGGGUGGGCAGCUCUACGGGGGGGGGAAAGCGGUGGGAGAGACGGGGAUCGGAGGGAUCGGGAAGGCGGAGGCGGAUUUGGUGGAGGGCGCGGAUGGGGAGUUGAGGAAGAGGGAGAGCUAG